AUGGCAGAGCCGCAGAAGGGCACAGGCCUCGACACUCUCCGUGACGGCAUCAUCAUCCCCGCCGGCCUCGUUAUCGUCGGCACACUCAUUGUCAAACCGCAAUGGAUCAUCUACUCCAUCCUCCUGGUCGCUGGUCUUGUCUUUGCGAAGUUCUACCGCGGGAGGACACGUACCGUGCUCAAGAAAGACGUCUAUCAAAACUUUGAGCUUGUUGAAAAGAUUGACAUGUCGCCCAACACGGCGCUGUAUCGAUUCGCUUUGCCCCGCAAGCAUGAUAUCCUCGGAUUGCCGAUUGGUCAGCACAUUACAAUUGCUUGUCAAAUCAAUGGCAAGGAGAUCGCUCGGUCUUAUACGCCAUCCAGUUCAGAUGACGACAAGGGCUUCUUUGAUCUCAUUGUCAAGUCUUAUCCUACGGGCAAUGUCUCCAAGUACCUUGGUGAGAUGCAGCUUCAUCAGACAAUCAAGGUCAAAGGACCAAAAGGGCAAAUGCACUAUACACCCAACAUGUGUCGCGCACUUGGCAUGAUUGCGGGUGGCACGGGUAUCACGCCCUGUCUCCAAAUCAUCCGUGCUAUCCUCGAAAACCCAGAUGACAAAACCAAAGUCUCCCUCAUCUAUGCCAACGUCAACGAGCAAGACAUUAUUCUGCGUGAUGAGUUGGAUGAACUCGCGCAAAAGUACAGCAACUUCGAGAAGGAUGGAAGCAAGGAACAGGGUUUGUGA